AUGCAUCUGCUGUCACGGUUUCGCUCCAAGGUGGCGACCGCUCUCCUAUUCCUUACGGCGCAUGCAGUCUCGCAGUCUGUUCCUCCGCCUAAUCUCGACAUCAAGUCUCUUGGACAGGUCACUCUCGCCGGCGACUUCGACGCAAUUUCUCUUUACACGUCAAUUGGGCAACAAGAAGGAUUUAAUGGCAAUGGCACGCAGUCGAUAUUGUCCCGGCUCCCAAACGGGGCGUUCAAUAUUCUGUCCUCCACCGACGCAAGCAUCGAAGCACUCUGUCCUUUGGUGGUCAAUAACACACUCAUGGGAAUCGUGGUCGGAGGAAAUUUCACCAGUGUCGGAGGAGUUGCAGCGCGGUCUCUAGCAUGGAUGAACGCAACCACGCUGGAGAUACAGGCGAUCGGCGGGGUGCAAGGAACAGUCUCGGCGCUCUAUUGUGACGAAGAUAAUUCAAUGCUGUACGUUGGUGGUGCUUUUGAUGCGGGUAACUCGACAAAUGCAAUUGGAUGGGCGGCGAGUGGCUGGUCCAGCUUGCCUUUUGCGGGUUUCGAUGGCCCGGUCAGCUCCAUUGCCAAAGCUCCCAACGGCCACAUCAUCUUUGGAGGUUCUUUCACCGGUUUGGGCAAUAUAUCUUCCAAUUCCUUGAAGCAUCCCGAAUCCCAGGUGAUCAACCUCUCGACCGCCAACCUCACCGCAAAAGGGAACGCGAGCACAGCAGGCUUGGGAAAUCCGAAGAAUAUUGUUUGCCCAUCGAAUAGCUCGGAUGGCUCAUCCGACUUUUUGCUGGCCGAUAAUACUCCCGGUAGCUGGCGCGCAGAUUUGGCGUUCGGUUUCGAGCCCACCAAGCUCCGACUGUGGCAGACGAGUCAAAGUGGAAAGGGUACAAAGACGUGGCGAUUCACAGCACACCCGCUCGAUGGCAUCCUCAACUUGACUACUACGGAUCCCACGACUGGAGAACUCACUUCCUGCUCGUCAACAUGUCCGCUGGCAGAGUACAACGCGUCGCAGCCGUAUCAAGACUUCUAUUUCGUUAACCUGGUUGGGAUGAACAGCUUCACCAUUGAUAUCUCAGCUUGGUACGGUAACGGAGGUGGCCUCGGGGGGAUCGAACUGUUUCAAACCGACAUCUUCUCCUACGCCAUUGAGGCCUUCAAUGAACCUACCUGUGAAACCACCGGAAUUCGAUCCGAAGCAACCGCGACAGGGCCUUGGUAUACGACUCCGUCGAGAGAAAGUGUGUCCGACUAUCUUACAGUCGUGGUCGGUCCCACAACUGUUGAUACCACGCUCAUCGUUUUCGAACCCGACGUACAGGAGAGUGGGAACUACUCCGUCAUUGUCUAUACCCCUGGCUGUCUGCAAGAUAGCUCCUGUUCAGCCCGCGCCAUUGUUAAUGUCACUGGCAGCCUGACGGAGGACGGAAAACAGUCUUUCGGCACCACGAUCUUCCAAACAAACGACUUUGAUAAGUACGACAUUGUGUACCAAGGACACGUAGAUGCCACCACCACAUCUUUUCGACCGUCCGUGACACUUAGGCCAUCAGGACAACAGGCUGCACAAUUGGUUGUCGCAUCACGCAUCAAGUUCGGCUUCACCUCGACAACAGGAGGUUUAAAUGGCCUGUUCGACUAUGAUCCCAACAACCACACCAUCGACUAUGCCACCGCUGACUUCUCCAAAUCUGCCAUCAACAACGCCGGCACCACACUUAAACCAAAUGCGAAUAUUUUGGCACUGGCAACCCGCGAUGACACUUUGUACGCAGCGGGCCGGUUCUCGGACGAUGUUUUUGAGAAUAUCAUGGCUUUCCACAACAACAAUGCUACUUCUUUGCCCGACGGUGGUCUGAACGCGGCUGUGACUGACAUGCACAGCUUGGAUGACUUCUUGUAUGUGGGAGGUAAUUUCACCAACACUGCUCAGAGCAACGUCGAUGGGCUGAGCAACGUGGCUGCGUAUCAAUACUCAAAGAAUGUAUGGGUUCCGCUGGGUGCUGGGCUCGAUGGGCCAGUGGAAGCUGUUGAACCCAUGCAACUUAACAUCUCCCAAAGUGAUGGUCCAGAGACUGUGAUCGCCUUCAGCGGCUCUUUCACACGGAUUCUCGCGUCUGAUUCUACGCCGGUGUCUCGGGUGGACGGCUUGGCCAUCUGGGUUCCAUCCAAGCGUGGCUGGCUGGCGAAUCUCGACGUUCCCAAGGAGGCUUUAGUAGGUCGGCUGUAUGCUGCGACAUUUCUGCCGAACCAGACAUGGCUCGGGGCUGGAACCAUCAACUCCCUCGGACUGGCCAUUAGUGGCGCUGCCGGCCUUCAGUCUCAAUCCGGUGGUCAGGUCGCACUUUCACGGUUGCCCAUCGAUAUUACGCCGAGUGAUGCUCAGUCUAACACAAAGAAACGUGCUGUCCAAGCUAUGCAGAAUGUCACGGGCGUCAUCACAGGGCUCUAUUAUACCGGCAAUGGACAAAAUGUGACCGUUAUGGGAGGACACUUUACUGCUACUGCGACCAGUGGAUCGGCCAUCCAAAAUCUCAUGUUCUUGAAUGGUUCCAAUAACAACCAAGUGACGGGACCCCCCGCAGGUCUGGAUGCCAGUUCAACCGUCCUUGCCCUCGCCCUGUCAGACAACAUUCUCUUCGCUGGUGGCACCAUUUCUGGACGGGUCGAGAAUACUGCCAUCAACGGUCUGGUUCUGUACGACAUGAGCGCCGCGGCGUAUCGAGGAAUCCAGCCAGCAUCCUUGCAGGGGGACAACAACGUGGUAGUCAAUGCCAUAGCUCCACAGUCAGGUACAACAGCGGUGUAUGUGGGCGGGGCGUUUGACCGGACAUCCCAAGAUCUCUCCUGCCCCGUCGUUUGCAUGUAUGACACCUCCACGAGUCAGUGGAAUACCGUCGGGAGUGGAUUGCAAGGCACGGUGUCGUCUCUGUUCUGGAGGAGCGGUUCAGAUCUUCUGGCUGCUGGCGAUCUCCUGGUCCAAGGCAAUCAGACCUCCCUGGCGAACUACAACACUCACAGUCAAACAUGGUCUGUUUAUGAUAUCACCGGCAUUCCUGGACCAGUCACGGCAUUCUGCCCUGCCACCACCGACGCGAAUAACAUGUGGCUAGCAGGUACGGCCAAUAACGGCUCGACAUUCUUGGUCGAGAUCGACGGGAACGAUGUGAGACCGGUCGUAAAUGCCUUUGGCCGUGGCACCACCAUUCGAGGUCUACAGAUCAUGCCUUUGACUAAGGACCAUGGGUCGACCCAGUACCUCGACAACGACUAUGCUUUACUCGUGACGGGUCAAUUGGAGAUCACUGGUUUCGGAAACGCAGCCGCAGCAUUGUUCAAUGGCACUCACGUGGAACCGUUCAUAUUAGCUUCGACCGCGGACGGAAGCCCUGGCAGCAUAAGCCAGGUGUUCUCCUCUCAUACUAACGUCCUCAGAUCAAGUGGAGGUGGCCAUUCCCUAGGGAUAGUCAUUCUUGUCGCGCUCUGUGCCGCAUUAGGCACCAUCUUCCUGAUAAUAUUAAUCGGCAUCAUCCUGAACUACAUCCAAAGAAAGCGCGCUGGGUACAAGAGCGUUCCCAGUGUGCCUUACACGGACAAACAUUCGAACAUCCAUCGGGUGCCUCCAGAAGCUCUCUUGGGCAAUCUCGCAUCGAAACCUGGAGUCCCGGCGGUAUGA